AUAAAAUAAAAUAAAAUAAAAAACUUUGAUGCUCUCCUGAAAAAAAUUGGGGCAAAAAUUGAAUCACAUUUCCCACGACAUUAUUACUCGGAAUUAGUGAUGUCGGACGGAACUCCAGAGGAUCGCCACUCCGAUUCGAGUGACGGCCCCAGCGUCCUCGUUCUCGCCUCCCCGGAGCCUCCGACCGUGGCGGCGGAAUCCGAUGCCGAUGCGUCCACGACGGCGUACGAUGCGCCUAGACCCGACGCCACCACUGCUCCCGCCGAUGACGACGAUGCGGUCAGCGUUUGCGAUUCGUCUUCUGUGGUGGCCAGGGGCCUCUCUUCUAUGAUCUCUUCCGUGAUUAGGGAUUUCGACGCCAGAGCUGAAGAAACGGGUAGAAGCCAAGAUGAGCUCUCUUUCGCCAUUGAUCGUCUUACUCGAGAGCUUGACCAACUGUUAGAAGACGCACCCGUGCCGUUCAUUAUGCAGCACGCAGUCAAGAUUUCCGUAGUUAGAAAGCGAGUUUCAUCGCUAAACACGCUUUUGAAAUCAAUUCAACGGCGUUUGGAUAAUGUUGAUCGAAUGUUGUCUGUGGGCUUGCUACAAGAUAAAGGAGCUACCGAAAAUGUGAGACCAAAUUAGCAUGAGUGUGUAUUAGAGGAAGUGUACCAACAGUAACGGAUAACGAUAUUACAACUUGGUUGAUGUGGAUCACUUGUGUGAUGGCCUAAAUAUGAAUACCAGCUGCAUGCAACGGAAUGUAUGAUGGGGGCUGAUCAAACGGAACGGCUGAUUGUAAUGGAAGACCCCCUACAGCAGGUUGGGAGCUCCCUUAUUGCAGGUAUGGUUGGAGCUUCAGCUUCUUGUAAAAUGGACCAUCCUGAUGUCUAAUCUUCUGUUUGUUUUCAAUUACGUUGUACCGGUAAAAAGAUUGGUUGCAUAUAACUUUUGGGUCCAGUACUGGCUGUACUGCUGCCUUAUGAUUACAGAGCUGUGGAGACAUUCCUGGAGGGAAGAGAAAAUGAAUUUCAUCUUUUUCAUUUCCCUAUUAUUAUCUUCGCUUUUACAAUUUUAUAUUAUAUUAUAUUUUUCUUCUUACAUCCCUACGAGGUUGUUAACUCUUUUUUGGGAGUAAGUACGAGGUUGUUUACUUGUUAUACUAGUUUUCAUGCGCUUCCAAAACUUAUUUGAGAUGGGCUAGUUACUAAAAACUUAUGCGAGUAUUCGCUAAUUUUUGAGCUUCUUUACAGUUUUACAGUUAUGUGCAUUUUUAGCUGUGCUCUGUCCCGGAGGUGGUUGAACAACAAGGUACCGAACCUUUUGCCAACUUUGGCAGUCUUGAAAGCUCUUUCAAUUCACAGUUCCUUAAUUGCCACACAGAGUUGGUAGAUAUUUGCAGCUGACUACGCUUCUAUUGCCUGUGUCCUACAAUCCUUGUUUGUCCACAUGUUCCAACUUACCAGGAGUCUAACUAACAAUAAGCAAUCAAUAGCCAUGUCCCAUAUUUGCAAACCACCCCUAGCUAGGCACAGAUUGCGUCAUUCUAUGUUCUCCCUCUAUAUAUAGACAUCAACCAGUUUGCUUUCCUUCAUCACAAUCCAAAUUUACCCUCUUUGCUUUUUCCUUUGUUUCUCAGUAUCCUUCCAUAACUUCCUUGUCCUUCAUUCUGCUUGACAAUGGCUUCCAGCGGUUACCUUUACGUACUUACCUUCGCACUUCUCUGCAUUGCAAGCACUGAAAGGUGCGAUGCUGCUCGUCAUCUUUUGGCCACACCGACUCCUAUCAUACCCGUUGAGGCCAUACCAUCUCUGCCAAAACUGCCACCAUUUCCCAAAUUCACCUUACCAGCGACCACGCCCUUCCCAACCAUUCCCACCUUCCCUCUCUCGCCACCUUCAAAGAAGUAAGCCAUGAAACUGGGCAACAUGGGGAAGUCCAGUUUAUAUAUUGUGGCCGUAGGAGUUCACCAAUAAUCCUUUUCUGGUGUGCAAUGGUGUGUGGCGUUCUGCACUUGUGGUGUGUGCUAAUAUAUGUAUUUGGAGUUUCAUUUGAUGUACCUAUGGCUCUGCGUGGCUUGACGUUGAAGUGUGUUUAUUUGAUGUACCUUUUGCUCUGUUGUAGUGUGUUUAUCCUGGUAUUUAUAAAGUGACUUUAUGUCAUCAA